UAUCAGAAAAAUUUUAAGAAGAUGGACAACGAUACAAACUAUCAGUUACAAUAUGUGAACAGAUUUUCAGACAUUGCUCUCAGCAGCACCAUUCUCAUCAUUAUCGGUGCCGUGAUUGGAGUCAUAGGAAACACAGCCAUCAUAUUUUUCUACUUCUUCUGGAUUAAUGAGAGAGGCGAGCGAUACUUCAUUCCUCUGCUUGGUGUGGUAGAUCUACUAGGAUGCCUUACCAGUCCACCUUAUUACAUAAUGGAAAAUGAGUACAUGUAUAACUACCCCAGUACAGCUGCUUGUCGAGCUCUAUCAUCUCUACAGAUUUGUGUUCCUGGAAUAUCAGCACAUACACUCCUCCUCAUAUCAAUUCAAAGGUAUCUUCUAGUCUGCAAACCGUUUGGACCAAAAAUGACGCAUUUCUGGAAAAGGGUUUUAUUCAUAGUCGUGUGUUUGGUCUCAUUUGUUUAUGCAAUACCACUACUUUUCACUGCUGGAGUCGUUAGGAGCAAUAUUUCUUACAUGAGUCACAAUGUUACAACAGAAGUGUGUAAAUUUUCCAGCGAACAGUCACUCUUAAUGACCAUUUAUACUACUCUCUUGUUCCUGGUAAUGGUGGCAAAUAUUGUAGUUACUGCUGGACUCUAUGUUCCUGUUUUAAAGCAGGUUAGAAUUUCAUUCCGGUCCAGAACGGUCAAAUACGAGAUUCACAGAGAUAGCCAUGCAGCUUCAACGACCGAAACCUCGCAAGCCACCCGGACAUCUGAUAUAGAAACUGAUGAUAUUGAUAAGCCAAGUAAUUCUAUUGAUCUACAGGCAGCGGAAGUAAAAGUUGAAAUACCAAACUCACCAAAGAAAGUUAGAUUCGAAAAUUCUAACGAAUAUACAGAAGCUGCAGAAGACCAUGAUAAUGAUGAACGAUCAGCUUAA